UUUCAAGAGCAGCCGUGCUGUCGUCCAGUGUCACAUCACCGGGUCCGUCAUCAUAGAGAUCACAUACGCGAGUUUUCAUGUGGCAAUCUGUUUUACCGCACAUUAUAUAUGAAUGAAGAGAGAAAUACACUUUAUGUUGGUGCGAUGGAUCGAAUAUUCAAACUGAAUAUGACGGACAUUAGUCAGUCACAUUCACACAAUGCUGUGGUUGCUUCAUUUAAUAAAAGCAAUUCGAUAUUUUAUUUGCAAAUGCAAAUAGAUCUAUAUUCAAUAGCUCAGCGAUUUACAUUUUUCGAUUUAUUCAUAUGUGUGAUUGGAGGUCUAAUUUAUAUUUUUUCUAUGCAGUUAAACUUAACACAUCUUCCCCGACAUGAAUACGUGCCGGGAGUGGGUCUAGGGGUGGCGAAAUGCCCUUAUGACCCUGCGGAUAACAGUACCGCGGUAUGGGUCACCAGAGGCAACCCUGGCGGCCUGCCAGCGCUCUACGCGGGGACCAACGCGGAGUUCACCAAGGCGGAUCCAGUCAUUUUCCGUAACGACCUCUUCGACUUCCGGACAGGACAAAAGAGAUUUAAUUUUAAGAGAACGUUGAAAUAUGAUUCUAAAUGGUUGGAUAAAACAAAUUUCGUUGGAUCCUUCGACGUGGGGGAGUACGUUUUGUUAUUUUUCCGAGAAACUGCAGUGGAAUUCAUGAACUGUGGAAAGGCAGUGUACUCUCGAGUGGCGAGGGUUUGCAAACAAGAUACGGGGGGCAAGCACAUACUUAGCCAGAACUGGGCCACUUAUUUAAAAGCUAGACUCAAUUGCAGCAUACCUGGAGAGUUCCCUUUCUAUUUUGAUGAAAUACAGAGCGUAUAUCAAAUGCCGGGCGAUACCAGUCGCUUCUAUGCGGCUUUCACGACGGGUGCUAGCGAUGGCCUGGUCGGUUCUGCAAUCUGUACAUAUACGAUGGAAGAUAUACAAAACGCAUUUAAUGGACGUUUUAAGGAACAGGCUACAUCAAGCUCGGCAUGGCUGCCCGUGCUGAGAGCUAGAGUGCCGGAACCUCGCCCCGGCACCUGUGUCAACAACACAGAGGCGCUGCCCGACAAUGUACUUAAUUUUAUUAGGUCUCACCCUUUAAUGGACUCAGCGGUGAGACAAGAGGGAGACACGCCGGCGUUCUACAAGCGGGAUCUUGUGCUGACCACGCUGGUCGUAGACAAACAGUUCGUAGACAUGCUGGGAGAUGACAUCACAUACACCGUAUUCUAUGCGGGAACUAGUAAUGGCGAGGUAUACAAGAUAGUGCAGUGGGCAGGAGGUGGGUCCCGAGUGUCUGACGUGUGGCGGGCGGCGGGAACAGAGGCGGUGCGCGCCCUCGCGCUGUCGCGACGCACACACGCACUCUACCUCGCAACAGACAACCGCCUUCGACAACUGCCGCUACGGGCGUGCACGCAUCGAUACGAUAGUUGUGUACGCUGCGUCUUAGACCCGUAUUGUGGUUGGGACAAAGAGGCGGGACUUUGUCGUCCCUACACACCUGGUCUUCUCCACGACGCCACCAACUCUACACCAUCGAUCUGUGAAGCCAGCGCCCCGCUGCGGACGGUGCGAGCAGGGUAUGGACAGAGCGUGCAUAUGGCGGCCUUUGGAAAGACACCCGAAGCAUUGAAAGAUCAGAUCGUCGUUUGGUAUCACCAUUCACGAGAAAAAGGACGUUACAAAAUUAACUACAAUUGGGAGCGAAUAUUGCAGACCUCUGAGCGCGGUCUGGUAUUAUUAUCAGUGACGGAGUCAGAUCGAGGUCGCUAUGAGUGUUACUUCGGUCCCACGCUCAUCGCAUCCUACAAUCUCGACAUUGACACCCAAAGGUGUAGCCAACCAAGCAGAUCACAGGAGUACAAACAAGUCUAUUCGGAUUGGUGCCACGAGUUUGAGAAGUAUAAGAGUGCUAUGAAAGCCUGGGAGUCUCGGCAGAUGCAAUGUUCCAAAAGUUUGAAUUCCUCGAGCCAGCAGAACACUAUGGACAACGAAAUAGUCGCGUCGUUGCGGUGAUAGUGUUCACCAAGUCAAUUGACAUUACACCGAGCCCCAAGCGCACAUGUAAACUAUAAGAUGUUUUUAUUGCUGCUAUCAUUAUCAAUAGUUCAAUGGUUAUUUUACUAAGUUUACAGUAAAUAGAAUUGCGGCAUUGCCUUUCAAACAUUUAAUUAAUUUCACAGCUAACACAUUAUCGUCACCGACAUUUCGUUCAUGUAUUUUUUAUAUUCUUUAGAUACAUAAUAAAAAAAAACUCUUAUGCUGUUAACGUAGGCUUGAUGAAUACAUUAUUAAUAAAUUAACAAAAUUAUUUCAUUUUCAAAUGUUUAAUGUAAUCUGAAUAUUAAACGUUCGUAUUAAUUCAAUUUGUAAGCUCGAUUCAAUAUUCAAGGAUAAAUAGCAUCUUGAAAAGGAAAUACGAUCCGGUAAAAGAUAACUUCAUAGAUUUGUCGGUGGUUCCGGUUACUGAGCGGUUUGAUUGAUGACUGCCUUUAUUUAACUGGGGGCUGCGAUUGCUAUGUUUGGAAUUGGGAAUUUCUUGUGUAAUUUUGCUAAGUAAUGUUGUUAAUAUCGAAUAGUUUACCUUACUCAGCAUUAUCGAAGCAUUUGUAGGAAUCGUUUAAAAAUGACUGAGUAUCGGUUUGUGAAUGUACGAUUCUUUUUUUUAAUUAUUUAGAGUGUCAAUAAAUUAAUGAUGGUAUUUGAUGUACGUAAUGUUGUGUUGAAAGUUAAUUGUAAAUAUUACAAUAAGUAGGGAUGGUGAUAAUUCAUGAAUACAAAAUGCUGUGAUAUCAGUUCAAGUUUGAGAAUUUGGUUGGGAAAUUGCACAAAUGCCUAUGGAUUUGAGUUAUCUAUCCUAUUAUAUAAGAGUUUCGUAUCCUUUUAGAGCGACGUCUAUAGAACCUGGCGUAUGAGUUGGCACUUCGAGUAUAACAGUACUAUUGUUUCCGAUAUGCCAACUCAAAUGUCGGCCACUAUACAUUUGAAAGAAGUUAGAGUGUAUCAUAUUGACAAUACAUUGAUUACAAAUGUAAAUAAGAAGUAUAUAAAUGUUUGCUCUAUCCUUUUUUAUGUAUGACAAAAAUAAAUACAAAUACAUAACCUUAUAUAUCCAAACCAUUGUUAAGGAAAUGAGAAUACAAUAUACGGUAAUUAUUUAGGCUCUUUAUAAAAGACCAAUAGGUACCUAUUUAUGCAUUUACUGUAAGAAAUAACUUAAAUAUAAAUCGUGCACAUCCCCAAUUUAUAAAGAAUACGAAUGCAAUAUAAACGCUAAUAUAAAAAUAGAUUAUCUCUCCACUAUAAAAAGUUUUUUAUUAAUAGAAAUAAAAUUGCUUUUUUUACAGUCGUAUUUAUUGUGUAGUUAUAUUAAAACUUUAGUAUUGCGUGUAGUAAGUUUAUUCAACUUAUUAAGUUCGUAUAAAAUGGCUUAAGUUUGAAAAACUUGAUGUUAUUUAAUAUUGUUUUAUUGCUUAAUGAAGAUGUGUUGUAAUUUGAGGCCCAUUUUCGGAGUUUGAAACCGAAUUUAAUAGAUGUUCGCAUUGUUUUCAGUUAAGUUUCAUUUGUAGGUAUUCUCGCUAGAAUAGUGCCUUGUGAAGUAUGCUUAGUAUUUAAAUAGAAUAAUGAAACUUUAAUUAUUUUUAUGAAUAGAAAAUAAUAAUGUCAUUAAUGUAAUUGGCGAAAAGCAAUAAACUUAAUUAAGAAUGCCAGUAUUAAUAAUGUAAUUCAAUAUUAUUGUAUUAUAAAUAAAAAUGCAAAAAUUCGCUUCGAUUUCCCAUUGUAUUAAGAUAGAUAUAGACUGAAAUAAGGAAUUGGCUUUUCAUUUAUUGAUAUCGCUUUGUUUUUAAAUACAGUUUAUUUUAACACUGAAAUUUCGUAACAAACUAUUUAAAGAAAAAGAAAUGACUACUGUAUAGAUAUAUUAAAAUGAUGAAUUUGAGUAGAGAGAUCGCUAUUGAAAUAUGUAGUUAUGUUUAUUGUAAAAAUAAUAUUAAGCUAGAUAGUAAGCAAUUGUUUUAUAAAAGGAA